AUGGAGCUUUCUUACCAGACCAUAAAAGUCACGCAUCAGGCACGGGAAGCGGAGGUUGUCAAUAACACUGGCAUGGAGAAUGCUGACUUUGGCUUAAACAUAUCAGGAAUCACCAGAGGCCGUGGAGGAGAAAAUGUCCGUCUACAAAAAGGCCAAAUCAUUGACUUCCGAGGGCUGCUCACAGAUGCUAUCAAAGGAGCAACCAACGAACUUGGCUCAAAUAGCUUUGAAUGUAACCCAGACCCUGCGGAACGACUGCUGAAACCUCUGAGUGCAUUUAUUGGCAUGAACAGUGAGAUGAGAGAACUGGCAACUGUGGUGAGCCGGGACAUUUAUCUCCAUAAUCCAAACAUAAAGUGGGAUGACAUUAUUGGACUCGAUGCAGCCAAGCAGUUAGUCAAAGAAGCUGUGGUGUAUCCUAUAAGGUACCCACAGCUGUUUACAGGAAUUCUCUCCCCUUGGAAAGGACUAUUGCUCUAUGGCCCUCCAGGUACAGGAAAGACUUUGCUGGCCAAAGCUGUGGCCACGGAAUGCAAAACAACCUUCUUUAACAUUUCUGCAUCUACCAUUGUCAGCAAAUGGAGAGGAGAUUCAGAAAAACUUGUUCGGGUGUUAUUUGAACUUGCUCGCUACCAUGCCCCCUCCACCAUCUUCCUGGACGAGCUGGAGUCGGUGAUGAGUCAGAGAGGCACGGCUCCCGGGGGAGAGCAUGAAGGAAGCCUUCGGAUGAAGACGGAGCUGCUGGUGCAGAUGGAUGGGCUGGCUCGUUCGGAAGAUCUCGUGUUUGUCUUAGCUGCUUCCAACCUGCCCUGGGAACUGGACUGUGCCAUGUUGCGCCGCCUGGAGAAGAGGAUCCUGGUUGACCUUCCCAGCCAGGAAGCCAGGAAAGCCAUGAUCUACCACUGGCUGCCCCCAUUGAGCAAGAGCAGAGCGCUGGAGCUGCGCACAGAGCUGGAGUACGGCACUCUGAGCCAGGAGACCGAGGGCUACUCAGGCUCAGACAUUAAGCUGGUCUGCAGGGAAGCAGCAAUGAGGCCCGUGAGGAAGAUCUUCAAUGCACUUGAAGAUCACCAGUCAGAGAGCAGCGAUUUACCUGGGAUCCAGCUGGCCACAGUGACCACUGCUGACUUUUUGGAUGUGUUAGCUCACACCAAGCCCUCAGCAAAGAAUCUGACUCAGAGAUACUCAGCCUGGCAAAGUGAGUUUGAAUCUGUUUGA